AUAGUAUAUUGCCUCUUCUAUAGGAGGCAGCAAAAUUUAGAGAGAGCGACACGACAUCUCUCCAAAACCUUCCAACACUAGGAAUCUUUUUCACCUCAAGCACAUAUAGCUGGCUAGCUGCAUUUGAUUUCAUAGAUAUACUGAGAAGAUAUAUAAUUAAAGGGCGGCGAUUAAUUACAAGAUGCGGAACAUGGCUAGUUCCGCCUCAUCCAAAGGCAUCGCCGCCAUUGUGGGCGUUGGGCCUAACCUCGGUCGCUCCGUCGCUCGCAAGUUCGCCCAUGAAGGCUAUACAGUUGCUAUACUCGCCCGUGACUUGGGUAGAUUAUCAAGAUUUGCUGACGAGAUAGCGAGAGAAGAAAAGGCACAGGUGUUUGCUAUUCGAAUCGAUUGCUCCGAUUUACGAAGUGUAAGAGAGGCAUUUGAGGGAGUUCUAUCACUGGGUUCUGUUGAAGUCUUGGUUUACAAUGCAUAUAAUCAGCAACCAGUGUCUUGGAACCCCACAAUUUUUACAGACAUUAGAGUUGAACAAUUCCAAAAAUCUAUCGCCGUCUCUUCCGUCGGUGCCUUCCACUGCGCUCAACAGGUACUACCAGGAAUGGUGGAAAGAGGAAGAGGGACGGUUCUCUUUAGUGGUUGCUCAGCUUCUCUUAAUGGCAUUGCCGGCUACUCUGAAUUAUGCUGUGGGAAGUUUGCAAUGAGAGCCUUAUCGCAAUGUCUGGUAAAAGAGUUCCACCCACUAGGAAUACACGUGGCGCAUGUCAUCAUCCACGGCAUCGUCGGCGCACCUCGGGGGGCAGUGGCAUCGACUUCACAGCAUAGGUUGUUGGUUGGGGAACAAGAAGAAGAAAGCCGAGGAAGGGACGGUUUGAUGGACCCUGACGCGCUGGCGCAGACCUACUGGCACUUGCACAUUCAAGAUAGAUCUGCUUGGACCCAAGAGAUUGAUCUUCAUCCCUCCAACCAAAGAUAUAUGUAGAAAGAAGAAAUGAAUAUCUGCCUUUUCUCGAAUCAUUUUGUCAAAAAAAUGCCAAUUUGUUCUUUUCCUUUGUUAUGUGAUUCUGUUUGACAACAAAAUGGCAAGGUUAUUCAUGAGACACUUCCAUUGUCGACCCAUAUGUACUAGAAUUGGCCAGCUAAGUUAGAUAUUUUCAAUUUAGUGUGGUAUUGUGUGAUUGAUUGGGAUACUGUGUAAAUUUGAUUUGGUUUGGAAUUGUAACAAGUGAAUUUGAAGGAAUGUGAAUGGGAUUUUCGCAUGA